GCCCAAAAUAGAAAAAAAAAAAAAAAAAGCCCAUUUGUAAUGUUUGAGUUAGCCCAAUUGUGGUUUAGCAAGAAAAACCGAAGUCAUAUUUAUUAGACUUUCGUCCUAAGUCAUAGCAUAACUUUUUGGCUCUCUCUCCGUAACGCCAUCUCUCUCUCUAUAUCGGCCUUUUUUGGCUUUCUUACCUCGUUCACUAGCUGAUCCGAGAUCGGAGAGGAGGAAUUCUGUUUCAUUCAUUGGCCGGUUAAACAAUUACUUCACUCAUAACAGAUUCCAGAAUGUGCGGCGAUGUCACCAAUUGGGACGAAGAGACUUACAGGGAAACCAUAUUGAAGGAUAGGGAGAUUCAAACUCGAACCGUUUUCAGAACUGCUUGGGCUCCCUCCCAAAACCCUAAUCCGGACUCCAUCGUCGUCGCCUCCAGUGACGGAUCACUCGGUUCUUACUCCAUUUCUUCAAUUAUCUCUGACCUUCCACUGGGACUAGGGAACGCCAAAGCUCCACACUAUUUUGAGGCUGAACCUGAGUGUUUCCUUCAAGGGCAUGAAGGACCUUUAUACGAUGUGAAAUUCUAUGGUGAUGGUGAAGAUGCUCUGUUGCUAAGUUGCGGUGAUGAUGGUCGUAUUCGAGGAUGGAGGUGGAAGGAUUGUACAGAAUCUGACGUUCCUAUUCCUUUGCAAGGAAAGCACAUGAGACCAGUUCUUGACUUGGUGAAUCCUCAACACAAAGGUCCUUGGGGAGCUUUAUCUCCAGUCCCUGAGAACAAUGCUAUUGCUGUUAAUACUCUGAGUGGGUCCAUAUAUGCAGCUGCAGGAGAUUCUUGUGCUUAUUGUUGGGAUGUGGAGACUGGUCAAGUGAAAAUGGUUUAUAAGGGGCACUCAGACUACUUGCAUAGCAUAAUUGCUAGAAACUCUACUAAUCAGAUUAUAACUGGUUCAGAGGAUGGCACGGCACGAAUAUGGGAUUGCAGAAGUGGAAAGUGUAUUCAAGUGAUUGAACCAGGAAAGGAAAUGAAGCUGAAAGGAUAUUCCUCGUAUGUCGGUUGCAUUAGUCUUGAUGCAAGUGAAAGCUGGUUGGCUUGUGGGAGUGGUCGGAGUUUAUCGAUAUGGAACCUUCCUGCUUCUGAAUGUAUUUCGAAGAUUUCAACUUCUGCAUCUGUGCAGGAUGUGGUUUUUGACGAAAAUCAAAUACUAGCAGUUGGGGCAGAACCCCUGCUCAACCGGUUCAAUAUAAAUGGGGAGAUUCUUUCACAAAUACAAUGCGCUCCUCAGUCAGCCUUCUCUGUCUCUUUACAUCCAUCUGGGGUUACAGCCGUUGGUGGUUAUGGAGGUCUUGUUGAUGUCGUCUCACAAUUUGGAAGCCACUCAUGCACAUUUCGCUGCCAAUUUGAAUAUUAAGAAUUCUACUGCAGUUUCAACCUGUGUGAAUGUGAACAUGUUGCUGAAAUUGUAAGUUGUUUUUGAAUUGAAACAAGCCUCAGGAGUCAGCUAGUAGACAUCUUCUUUUCCCUGCACAGAAUAGAUUAAGGUUGCUUGUUGGAUGCUUCACUGUGUUACCGGCAUAGAAUUUUUCAGCACCUCUAAUAGUGACAUUGUUUUACUGCAAAAAAAUUACCAACUUGUAGUUUGCUAAUUUUGGCAAUACCAUCUUGUAAUAAUUAGGUCUUUCGAUUAUUUGUAUUUUUUUUUCAUAUUGCAAUACUUAAGUCUAAAGUCUGAAUAUUGAAAAUAUUUAAAAUGAAAUUACACUCGCACCACGUGAAUAUUUAUUUUUUUGAAGAAAACAUUCUUUUUAGGCAUGUUGAUGUCUUGCAAAA